AUGAAUAGAACACUAGCAGAAUGCAAGGCAUACGGGGACAACUUGAAGCUCACUAAGGAAAUAGAAAAAGAAAAGGAUGCCUCCUCCCCUCAGAAGAGUUUAGUGACUAGCACUGUAGCUGCCUAUACUAAAUGGACUCCUAAGAAGCAGAGGUGCUGUGCAUCCACCAUGACGAUGCUGAACAAAACUCUGAAUGAUACAUCAGAAGCAGCCCUGUGCGACCUAGAAGAGAGCUAUAAGCACAUCUUACUCCCCCUUGCAUACAGCGUUGUGUUUGUGCUGGGGCUGCUCCUAAACGGUGCCAUGCUGUGGCUGUGCUGCUGCCACACCAAGGAAUGGACAUGCACCACUAUCUACCUGGUGAACCUGGCUGUGGCUGAUCUGCUCUACGUCUUCUCUCUGCCCUUGCUCAUCAUCAAUUAUGCCAUGCAGGACAUCUGGAUCUUUGGAGAGCUGCUCUGCAAACUGGUACGUUUCUUAUUUUACAACAAUCUGUAUGGCAGCAUCUUGUUGCUGACUUGCAUAAGUAUCCACCGCUUUCUGGGGAUUUGCUACCCCAUCCGGUCACUGGCUUAUAAAACCAGAAAAUUAGCUAUCAUUGGCACUGCUGUAUCCUGGAUACUGGUACUCAUUCAAGUCUUGCCCAGCUUGAUCUAUGCUCGCACUGGCUUCAUCAAUAACCGUACUGUCUGCUAUGACCUGACUAGCCCUGAUAACUUCAACAAUUAUUACCUUUAUGGUAUGGUUCUAACUGUGUUUGGUUUCCUUUGUCCUUUUCUUAUCAUUUUAAUCUGCUACUGUUUGAUGAUCAGAAGCUUGAUUCAAACCACUGGUAAGACCAACAUCACAAGCAGCGCUGCCCAGGCUAAAUCAAUCCGGACCAUCUUGCUAGUCUGUGGGCUUUUUGCACUUUGCUUAGCUCCUUUCCAUAUCACUCGUGCCAUCUACCUUUACGUCCGAGUCCAUCAGAAAGCUGACUGCCGUCUCUUACACAGCGCUACCUUAUUAUAUAAGAUUUGGAGGCCACUGGUGGGCCUUAACAGUUGCUUUUCUCCACUCUUGUAUUUUCUUUCUGGCCAAACCAACACUGUCAGACUCAUUCUGGAACUGAGGCUGCAUAAAGUGGAUCCCUUUUCUAGACCUACAGUGAAGGGUAAGUAG